AUGAUCCCAACCAUGAAGCAGUGGAGGCAGCUGGUUCUGGUGGUGAUGCUGGCCUGGCUCCUCAUCUUCCUGGCCCUGCUCUCCCACUUCCUGGACCCCCGGGAUGUGGAUCUCCGCUCGCCCUCCUCGCUCACCCACACCGAGACCCGCCGUCUGGCCUCCAUCCAGGGUAGUACAUCGGGCAUCAGGGCUUCUCCUCUUGGGGUGUCAUCCUCAUCUUCCCCCGCCAACCAGGAUCCCAGCCACAGCCGACAGGGAAAACAGGAGGCCCUGGAGCUGAGCCAGAAUGGUGACUCGGUGUUCUGGAAAAAGGUGAGCGACCAGGAGGAGGGGGUGGAUCAGGAAAGGGAAGAGAAGAUAAGGAGGGAGAGACUGAGAAGGAGGAGGAGGAAAGGGAGCAUGUCCAGGGCUGAGCAGCGGGGCAGAGACGGCUACUAUUUAUCCCAGUCCAAGGCAGUGGUCCAGCAGCUGCGAAGGGGCAUUGCCUCAGUGGGAAUGCUCGCUCCACACCUGCAGAAGUCCAUGAGGGACUACCUGAAUCUCAACAGGCACCAUGUGGCCUACAGGGGGCUGCGCAGGGGUAGGCAGAGCGGGAGGGAGGUACUCUGUGAACUGAAGGAGCAGGCCAGGUUGAGGACACUGGAUGGGACAGAGCAACCCUUCUCUGGGCUGGCCUGGGACAGGCUAGUGCCCACACGACCUCUGGAGCAGCUUUGGGGCCAGGGGUCAAAGUUCAAGUCGUGUGCGGUGGUCACCUCGGCCGGGGCUAUCCUCAACUCUUCCCUAGGGAGAGAAAUUGAUUCCCAUGAGGCUGUGCUUCGCUUCAACGCUGCUCCUACAGAGGGCUAUGAGAAUGACGUGGGCAACAAGACCACCAUCCGCAUCAUCAACUCUCAGAUCCUGGCCCGGCCCAGGCAUCGCUUCACCACCAGCUCUUUGUAUAAGGGUAUGACACUGGUGGCCUGGGAUCCUGCACCGUACUCUGUGGACCUGCCCAGGUGGUACAGGAACCCAGACUAUGACCUGUUCACCCCGUACGAAGAACGCCGGCGGCUCCACCCCACACAACCGUUCUACAUCCUCCACCCCAAGUUUAUCUGGCAGCUGUGGGACGUGAUCCAGGGGAACACCCAGGAGAACAUCCAGCCUAACCCCCCAUCCUCUGGGUUCAUAGGCAUCGUCCUGAUGAUGUCGCUGUGUGAGGAGGUCCAUGUCUAUGAGUACAUCCCCUCUCUGCGUCAGACAGACCUGUGCCACUACCACGAGCACUACUACGACGCCGCCUGCACCCUUGGGGCGUACCAUCCCCUGCUCUUUGAGAAGCAAAUGGUCCAGAGGAUGAACAGCGCCACCCAGCACGACCUCAAAACCAAGGGCAAGGUCACGCUCUCGGGGUUCAGCGCGGUCAACUGUGGGCCCUGA